AUGGAGUGGACAAAGGCUACAUACAACGACCAGUACGAGAAGUGGGUUCCUUGGAUCGAGGAUGUCUAUCUUCGCUGGUUCACAAAAGACAACAAGGCCAGCUAUGCCACAAAGCAAAACCUCGACAAGACCAAGGUCACAGGCAUCGAACAAGUAGACACCCUCCAAGACGGCGUCCACAACCUCGCCACCAGCCAAGUCGGCCAAGGCGGCCUCCUCCAACCCGUCGGCGACCUAGCCUCCAAGGAAGGCGUCAACCGAGCCGAGAGACAGGGCAAGGACGAUGAUGGUGGCUACGUAAACAAGAAUACCCCUGGUGCGGGCGCCAUGAACAGCACUGCCAACGCUGUCGUCGGCGGUGGAAAGGGUGCUGCCCAGGGGUUGGGAGAUGUUGGAAAGGGCGUUGGCAACACUGUUGGAGGACUGCUCGGCGGUGCCAAGAAGGAGUAA